AUGCCGACUCCGUUGUCCCAGUCGGGUCCGCACCCUGGCUCCGCACGCCCACAGAACCAGCAUGCACAGCAGCCAUACUACCCACAGGCGCAGCCUCUCCAUCACCAGCAUCAGCAUCUCCAACGAUACCAGCAGCAUCAACAGCAGCCCUCGCCCCCGGCGUCUUCCUCCUCCUCCUCACAACAAACUCAAGCGCACCUCGACAGAGCUCCACCAUCCCAGCCCAUCGGUCGCAGCCAGUCCGCCUUCAACUUCCUCCUCAACAAGGCCAAAGCUCCCUUCUCCUCCUCCUCCAGCUCUUCCACUCUCAACGCCUCCACCUCCCUCUCAUCCCUCUCCGUGCAUCAAGAGGAUCCCUUUGACGACACCACAAAUCACAUCCAGUACCACCGCCAGCUUCAGAACGACCACGCCUUUCCUCAGGCGCCCCCUUCCGCACCACCAGCUCGCAGGACAGCCAGCGGCGGCAUCGAAAAGGCCGCUCGCUCCCAUCCGCUCGCACACGACGCAUCUCAGCCCUCAAAAUCCACCGGCGCCCCCUUCUCCCGCCCCAGCUACUCGGAAGACCAACAGAAUGCCGUCGCCAGCCCUACAAAGCGCGGCUUCUUCGGCGGCAUCGGUCGCGAUCGCAAGGCGUCCACCGCCUCCAUCAAACAACCCGCCCCGCACAAGCCCAACUUCUCCCACAGCCCGCUCUCCAAACCUCAGCGCACCGACGCCACCAUGGCUUCCAACUAUGCGCACUUUAGCAAGAGCCAGUCCGACCUGCACUCCCGCGCCGACUACCCCUCGCCCACCAGCAUGACCGUCGAGCUUCCUCGAGUGCCCGCCGUCUACCACAACAACACCGCACAGCCUCCCAUCGAUCGCAACAGAUACCUCCGCUCCCCCAGCCCCGCCAUGAACUUUUCUCGCAGCGUCGACGACCUCAGCAUCGCAGAGCAGCAGCCCGCAUCACCCUACCCAAUCUCCCCCGCACACGGCGAGUCCUCCUCCUCCCUCGCCACCGCCGCCACAUCCACCUCGCCCGGCACCUGGGGCGAGCACGGCAUCCCCGUUCCUCAACCAGAUUGGCGUCCAAGCGACAUGGGCACCCUCGCCUCCCCCACCCACCAGAGCGCCGCCUCCUUUCAACGCUUCAAGCCAGGUCACAACAAGCUCGACUCGGUCGCAUCGCAGCUCCAGCCUUCCUCCGGUUCCGUACACUUGCCGCCGCACAACUGGUCUGGAAUGUCUCCGCCCCAGCACAGCUACAUGCAGUCCUCGGCCGCUCCAUCCACCGCUCGUGCAGAUGCAAAGCACGCCCGCAAAGCUUCCAAACUCAUGGGCAAGGAAUCUUCGGCGCGCGGCGCCGUAGCCACCUCUCUCGCCGCCUCGCUCGGCCUCACUCACCUCGGCGCCGCCUCUGCAGCUGCCGUGCCGCCUCUGUCCAUCCUCACCUCGGCAGAGCCAGUGCCGCUGCCACCAGGCGCUGCCUUCCAAGGCUUCCUGGCUCGAAACGCCAACAUCAGCCUCACCCUCGCCCAGCUCAGCGGUCAUGAUCAUGGCAAGGGCAAGGACAAGGAGAAGGACGUCACAAAGGGUUGGAAGCCCUAUCGCGUCGUGCUCCAGGACGGCCGUCUGUGCUUCUACAAGCCGCCCAGUAACAUCUCGGACGAUGUCAAGGCGCUCUUCCCCACAGGCAUCGUACGUGGCGUUCCCGACACCCCCGCCUCUUCUGCCUCCAUCUCGAGCCUCACCGCCGACCAGCUCGUGAGGAGCGGCCUCAGCAAGCAGGACCUGCUCAGCGCAACGUCGAGUACGGCCGAGAUGACUUCGCCCCUCGCAUCUCCCAGUUUGCGACCGCGUCUUCCCUCUGCGCGCCCCAACAAAUCCACCACCACUCCCUCCGAGGUACCGACGACACCUGUCGCAGUGCCACAACCUGCCGAAGUCGACGCACCGCGUCAUCAGUCCUGGCUCAAGCCCGGAAAACAUCCGGAUCUGGUGCUUGUCGACACUGUUGAUGCCCCUCCUGCAUGGGCGGACCGCAUCCAGGCCGGCACCUUGGAAGCACUUGCGCACGAGUUUGUUCACGCCACGCAGUUCCCGACAGAGCAAGCUGAAGCACAAGCCUCACGGCGCUCCAUCCUCCCAUCACCACUGGUUCCCGGAUCGCGUGCAGCAGCCAGCUCUGCCGAGUCCGCCGUCGAGUCCUUCGUGGUGGCCGUGCUUGCCAACGCUUCCUCCGCCAAAGAUGCGCCCCAGGGAGCAAACAAGCAGAUCAGCGCAUUCUUCCUCGACGUCGUCAAGCAGGCAGAAGAACUGACCUCAGCCGGCACGGAUGUCACGCAGUCCAUCUCUGCUUCCGUCCCUUCUCUUGCCUCACGAUUGCGCACGCUGCUCGAUGUCGCGACUCGGGCCGGCCUCUUUGGAAUCCUCACAGGCGACACGCUGAAGAAACUGGCAGUCCUGGUAUCGAUGGACAUAGACGAGCUCGACAACAAGAUGCAGGUCUAUGCCAGCCCCAUCCUGUCUCUUUCGGACGCCCAAACGUCCGAGCAGCCCAGAGAUUGGAUAGCAAGACUAGCAGAGAAAGAGGCAGCCAGUGCACGCGAGGAUCUGCGCAAGCUUCGCAGCUCUCUUGAGUUGUCGGACGACCUGCUGCUCCAGCUCGAGCCGCUCGAGAUCGCCCAGCAGAUCCAGGCCUUCCACGUCAACGCUCUGCGACGUCUUGUCAUCAGCGGAACUUCCUUCCUCGAUCUCCUCCACCCAAUUGCGACCGAUGCCGAUGGCAUCGCCGCCCUCAGCUUCGACUCGUUGUCGCCGCAUCCGCUCACCACGCUCGCUCUCAGCCACCUGCUCAAGUCCAGUUCCUCCGCCCAAGACGCGCCCAACGCCGCACAGAACGGCGCCCGACACCGCGCCUCGGUCCUGCGCCACUGGAUCGCCAUCGCAUCCUACCUGCUCUCUUUGGGCGAUGUGGCGGGUUGGAUGGCCGUUUGCGCCGCUCUCUGCUCUCGCGCAGUCACUCGCCUCGAACAGACCUGGCGUUAUCUUGCCGAGGGCGACCGCGUCCUAGUGGCAGAGGAAUGGGCUCCCAUCCUGUCCAGCCUUUCCUGGACCGAGGGUCUAGCUGUUCAUGCGCGUCCUCGCUUCGUCGGCGAUGGCACGCAGUCGUUCACCACCUCGCCAAACGGCACGAAGAUCGCAGUCGUCCCCUAUCUGGGCAGCGCCUUCUACCGCACUUUGCGCCAGCCGAACACCCCAUCGCCAUCUCCCUCUGGCCUGCUCUCCAUGUCCAUCUCGAGCCGCGCAGAAGACGCCGCUCAUCUUUGGGUUUCGGUCAACGAAUGGCGCUCGGCGUGGCAAGGAGAGCCAAGUCUCGCCCUUGCUGCUCAUUCCGAGCCAGUGGAGGAGUAUCAAGCAGCGUUGCAGCUGCUCUUCCAGAAUUCGAACACGCCAGUGUCUACGAUGGAGUCCAACAUGGAGCGCUCCUUCCAGCUCGAGCCGAGAGCGCUCGGCAACAUCGACGCUGGCAGCCUCGACGCCCGCGAGAGACUCUCUCUCCCCUCCAGCGCCGACGCCGACCUGCCGCUGGUGCCGCUUCUCUUCCCGCAGCCGCUUCCGCUGCUCUCCUUGCUGAACACGUCUCAGAUCAAGGCGUCCCUUGUCCGUCGAAAUGACCCACGCGCAAACCAGAUCCACGAUCCCCAAGCCACCAUCACAUCACGCUCAAUGGCGCGUCCGUCGCUGGCAGGCUCGCCUCUGGCCCGUGCCUCGGCAUUCUCGCCACCCUUGGGCCGAUCGAGUCGCAACGCUGCCUUCAGCGGCGUCGUCGAGUGGUCUUCGAUCUCAGCGUCUACGAAGUGGGACGACGCCAGCAACGGGGCCGUCAAGAUUGGCAACGAGCUCGUACUGCGGUUGGUUCAAGAGGCCAACCUGUCCUUGCCCGGCUCCCCGAUGACCAGCAAGCGCUUCUCGCAGGACUUUGGCCGCGCUUCUAGGCCACUCUCCCAGGUCUCGAAGCGUUCCAGCUUGCCCGCGUCGAACCGAAGCUCGGUGAUCGACAUUGUGGUGCCGGUCCAGGUGGUCGUCAAGGCAGCCACGCUUGAUCGCAUGAUCGACCUUCUCGUCAUGGGGGUGCAGCAUAUCAAUGUCCCUCCCAUCUCUUCUCCGAUGGAUGGCCCAGACCAACAGAGCGCACCUCAGCGCAAGACUCGAUUGGUCAUGGACAUGGAGUCGUACCGCACCACGUUCCUCGCCACCUUCCGCAGCCUCUGCUCUGCACCCGAGCUGUUCGAGCAGCUGCAAAAGCGCUUCUCCACCGCGAUCAUGGCGAGCAAGGAGCUGGCAGGCGCAGAAGAGUUCCGCAGCUCGAGCCAGUUCCCGUCGUGGAUCGGAGUCAUUCCGGUUGGCAGCCAGGCAGAGCCGACCGAUUGGGAGAUGGUCUACCGCAUCCGCAUGGGCGUGGUGCUGACGCUGCGACUCUGGAUCGACCGCUUCCCUCAGGACUUUGUGGACGACGACGACCUCUACCACCUCGCGCUCAACUUCCUGCGCCAUCCUGGCAUGGAAGUCACAGCUGAGGACCCCGAUCAGCAAAAGGUCGUGCAUGCCCUUGCUCAGCUUCGGAGCAUGUUUGGCUCGAGGAUCAUGGGCGCAAAUGCCAGGCAGGAGGAGGGCAGUGCAGAUCUCCGAGAGUCCGAGAUCUUUGAGAAGCAGGCGAUCCAACCGACUGCGUGGUACACGGUCAAGUCGGCUGGCACGCCGCCGGGCGAGGAGGACAAGCCCGUCACCAACAUGUACACCCUCCUUGACGUGUUGCGGGCGCCGGCCGGGACCAAUGCAGACGCAUCCAAGGACUCCACGGCCAGCCUCCAGCUUAGGCUUCCCUCGGCCAUCCGUGACGCAUUGGCAGCUCAAAGCCUCUUCCGUGGCUGGAUCGCCAUUCAUAUCAUCGAGUCGGGCAUCGGCCUCGAGCGUCGUCAGGAGAGGCUGUCCAAGCUUCUCGAUGCCCUCUGGCUCUGCAGGGCCCGCAUGCUCAAGCUCCGGGGUGACGAGACGACAGCCACUGCAAAUGCUCAAGCUGGCAAUGCAGGUCCCAUUGCGGAUACCUCGCUGCCAUUCCGUGAGCCUACGAUUGGAUCGUUCGUCGAGUCGGCCAUCGUCAACACCCUCGGAUCUUCCGAGUCGCGCAUCUUCCUGCGUGCGUGGCAAGGUGUCGCCGCCGCACGCGGUGGUCGAGGCGACGGCAUCGACGACCUGAUGCCGAAGCAGAUUGACGCCGAUCUGCGUUCGGCUGUCGACAUGGCCGGAACACCAGACAUUGGCUGGAUCCUUGCUUGCCUCGCCGAGGCGGCCACGCGAGCACCGAGUGUGCCAACGUCGACAAGCGACGUCGAGCUGAUCGACUUUGAAAAGCGAGGCACCAUGUGGGCGUUGAUCGAUGGUGCUGUGCGAGUGCGACCUGCAUGCACUCUCCCUGACCUCGUCGACCUUGCUGGCGCCCGACUCCGGCUCAUGCAGAGUGCCCUUACUCGCGUCAUCUGGGAUCGCCGUGCCUUCCGAGAGGACGCAGCAAAGGAGAUGCGCAAUGCGCCCCCCGUUCGCAGCGAUGCCAAGCUGCGCCCUACCACCUCGAGCAAGGCGCUCUCGGGCCUGUCCAAGCAGCAGCAAGAGAAGCUGCGUCGUGACCGAGCGGCACUGGAGUUGCUCAAGUCUCUUCCCUUGGCUCCUCCGAUCUCAUCGCGCGUUUCGAGCAUGCCGUCUAGUCGUGCACGCGCUUCGAAUGUAUCGUCUACUGCCUUCCCCUCGAUGCCGCAGUCGUCGGACAAAGCCGCCAUGGUUCAAGCGCCGCCUCCCGACAAGGCGACGAUCCGAGCACGCCGCAUGACCGCGCUCUUCAAGGGCGCCGUGCGUCCGCUGAUCUCGUUGGACAAGCCCAACGAGCCCAGCAAGCCAACCGCAGAGCUGAUGCGCCUGACGCCCCUGCAGAAGCCUUCGCUCGUCGCCGGAUUGGGUGGUGCCCGUGUUUCGGUUUGGAACAACGCGCAACGCUCGUUCGUCUUCCACCUCACUUCGCAGGAGGGGGCCAAGUACCUUUUGCAGACCACCAAUGCUGCGGACCUAGCAGAAUGGAUCAGCCAGAUCGAACGCGCGUCCAAGGAAUACGCCGCGCCUCAGCUUCUCGAUGCGCGCAAGGGAGGCGUCCCGUCCAAGACGAGGGCGGGGCCCGCGCCCCUCUAUGCACGACCUUUGGCCGAGCUGGCAGAACGUGAGGGACACUCUGUCCCCACGGCUGUCGAGCGCAUGUUUGCCGAGGUCGAGGCACGAGGGCUGCGCGAGCAGGGCAUCUAUCGAAUCUCGGGCUCCAAGAGCGCCGUGGAAAAUCUGCGAACAGCGUGGGACCAGCAGCCUGCCGAGUCGAUCGAUCUCUCGACGGGCGAGUUCAGCGACGUGCACACCAUCGCUGGCGCUAUCAAGGCGUGGCUCCGUGAGCUGCCUGAACCGCUCAUCACGUUUGACUCGUACGACGCGCUCAUCGCGACCAAUGCGAUGGAGAACGACGACCGCCUCUACGCCAUGCGCGACAUCAUCUGGAAGAUGCCCAAGUGCCACUUUGAUGUGCUGCGCCGCACCGCCGAGCAUCUCGCGCGUGUGGUGGAAGAGGGCGAAAUCAACAAGAUGCUGGCGCACAAUGUCGCGCUUGUCUUUGGCACGUCGCUUCUUAACCCGCCUCCGGGCCCAUCGAGCGUUGCGAUCGGCUUUGGCAACCUUGGCAAAGCGGCCAAUGUCGUCAAGACGAUCGUCACCAUGCACGAGUGGCUCUUUGAGCCCGAGCCCGAGCCGGAGCCGGAGCCAGAGGCUGAAGCUGAGGCUGAGGCGGAAGGGGAGGCUGAGGCUGAAGCGGAGGGACAGCGCGGUGUCCAGCAGACCGCCGAUGUGGACCAUGCCAACCUUGCGAGCGCAUCUGCGACCGAAGUGGAUGUCGAAGAGGCUUCGUCCCCCGUCGAGUCGAUCAAGGCGACCCGUCCACGUGGAGCUUCAAUUUCUUCUUCCCAGGACUCGCAGCCCGGCUUGAGCAAAGACGUCACGGUGCUGACCAACCAGCAGGACGAGGAACAGGCGCAAGCUGACGAGGAGGAGGCUUCAAUUCUCACCGAGCUUGCACCGCGGCCUCGCCGAGGCGGCCGAACGCGACCGCUGACCAUUGUCGGACUCGACGGAUUGGCCGCGCUUGGUGCGAAUGAGGACAUCGUCAAGGUGCUCGAGAGCGGCACGAGCCCAGUUGCCGAGGCAUCUGAGGGCGAGGAUGGCACGAGCGAGUCGCAACCAUCGCAGGCUGCUCCACGGAUUGUUCUCUCCGGUGCCGGCGACGAGAGUGAUCGGGAAGCCGAGGCGGACGAGGGAUCGGACAGCGGAGGUGACGAUUCGCACGAGCAAGAUGCGGUCGCUGAUGCGACUGAGGUGGGUUCUGAGGCCGCACAAGUUCAAGAAAAGGAGGGAAAUGCGGACGAGGCUUCGGGCGCUGCAGCAAGCGCGCGACCCAGGAAGACGCGCAGCACGUACCGCGACAGCGUGUUCACGUCGUACUCGAUCUACGCCGACUGCUUUGACAACAUGAAGCUCGAGAGCCAGUCGUCGGCGGCAAGCAUGGUCAAGCGCCAGUCGAUGCACCUCUUGAACUCGCCUCCUGAGGCACAGGAGGCAGCCACGGGCGACGCGACCGUGACCAAGUAG